AACGACGGCUCUACAAGAAACCCUAGAAAACAGGAACACAGAAAGUAAGAGAGAGUGAGAAGAGAGAAAGAAAGUUUGUUUUACGUUCUAUUUUUUACUUUAGAGAAAAAGAGAGAGAAGAUGGGAGAUGGUGUGACUCAUCCACUUCUGAUAACAGAGAGAAACACGACGACGAUCCGUGUGAAGGAAGAAUUGAAGAAACAGCUAUGGCUUUCUGCGCCUCUCAUUGGUGUAAGCCUCCUUCAGUACUCUCUCCAAGUCAUCUCUGUCAUGUUCGUUGGCCAUCUCGGUUCUCUUCCCCUCUCUGCCGCCUCCAUCGCCACCUCCUUUGCCUCCGUCACCGGUUUCACAUUCCUCUUGGGAACAGCGAGUGCGUUGGAGACACUAUGUGGCCAAGCGUACGGAGCAAAACUGUACGAGAAACUAGGCAUUCAGAUGCAGAGAGCGAUGUUUGUUCUUCUCAUACUCUCUGUCCCUCUCUCGAUCAUAUGGGCCAAUACAGAACAUAUACUAGUACUUGUACACCAAGACAAAGCCAUUUCAAGUGUUGCUGGCUCGUACGCGAGAUACAUGAUCCCUAGCCUUUUUGCGUACGGACUGAUUCAAUGCAUCAACAGGUUCUUGCAAGCGCAGAACAAUGUGUUCCCUGUGUUUGUCUGCUCUGGAAUCACCACUUGUCUUCACUUGUUGCUUUGUUGGUUGUUUGUGUUGAAGACAAGUUUAGGUUACAGAGGAGCUGCUCUCGCGAUUUCGAUUUCUUACUGGUUUAAUGUUAUUCUUCUGUCGUUUUACGUCAAGUUCUCGGCUUCUUGCUCGCAUAGCUGGACCGGGUUUUCAAAAGAGGCUUUUCAUGAGAUUUAUGACUUUUCUAAGAUUGCUUUUCCUUCAGCAGUCAUGGUCUGUUUGGAGCUUUGGUCCUUCGAGCUUCUGGUUCUCGCCUCAGGUCUUCUUCCCAACCCGGUUUUAGAAACUUCGGUUCUUUCAAUCUGUCUAAACACUUCACUAACAAUCUGGCAAGUCUCAGUGGGUCUUGGUGGUGCUGCGAGUAUAAGAGUCUCUAAUGAGUUAGGAGCAGGGAACCCACAAGUGGCGAAACUGGCUGUAUAUGUCAUUGUAAGUAUAGCAGUCGCAGAGGGUAUUCUGGUAGUAACUGUUUUGCUGUCGAUAAGGAAGGUUCUAGGUCGAGCUUUUAGCAGUGACCCGAAGAUCAUCUCAUAUGCCGCAUCGAUGAUACCUAUUGUCGCAUGUGGAAACUUCCUUGAUGGUCUCCAAUGCGUUCUCUCAGGGGUUGCUAGAGGAUGUGGAUGGCAGAAAAUAGGAGCGUGUGUAAAUCUUGGAUCGUAUUAUAUUGUCGGAGUUCCGUUAGGCUUAGUGCUUGGUUUCUAUUACCACAUUGGUGGUCGGGGGCUUUGGCUUGGCAUUGUGACAGCACUAGCUGUUCAAGUGUUGUGUCUGUCCUUGGUCACUAUAUUCACAAACUGGGAUAAAGAGGCAAAGAAAGCUACGAACAGAGUUGGAGACAAAGAUGAUUAUGUAGAACAAUCAAUUCCAAGAUGAGGAAAAGCAUUGGAUUUUCACAAAUGAGCAUCGCUUAAAACGUUAAUGCGAUAAUGAAUAUGUUGAUUCUUCUACAAUUAUUUCCGAGACACUAGUUCACAUAUGCUUAUUACACAUGGGAAGUUGUGGUAUAUACGACUCGCAUCGGUUGCUUGUGGAAGCUGGGUAGCUUGCCUAAUCUGCUACAUCUGAUAAAGAAAAAGUGUUUUUUAGACAUUAGUCCAUAUAUGCUAUAUUAUCUUUCACUUGUGCCUUGUCGUUGUGGUAUACCACUCGCGUCGUUGCUUGUGCUAGCUGCGUACUUUUGGCGUCAGUUAGAAUAUUGUUUUGGAAUAUGGGUCGUUUUGAAUGAGAGCCUGGCUCUCGUAAAACUACAGCUUGUAAAAACAAAAGAGUUUUUGGAGUAAAUGUUUAUGGAGUAUUA